AUGGUGGGCGGCCCCGCGCAGGCCGGCGGGGCGUCGCAGCUGCUGGCCGUGCACUCGGAGAUGGUGCAGGGCGUGAGGCAGGCCGGGGUGGAGGUCCUCGAGGACAGCGCCGCCUCCUGCUUGGUCAAGUCCGCGCCCCGCGCGGCGGACGGCAUGAGCGCGGAGGACGUGGCGCUGCGGCUCGGGGAGCUGCUGUGCCAGUGGGCCAAGGCGCAGCAGCCGCCCAUUCCCCUCUGCGUGGGCGUGCACACGGGCAAGCUGACGUCCUUCGUUCUGCCGAGCACCGGGCGGAGCACCUACACCGGCGAAGCCGUGGUGAUGUGCAAGCACCUGGUCCUCUCCGCGGACCAGGACCGGAUGGUGCACUUCUCGGACGAGGUGAGGGGAAGGCUGCAGCUGCUCGGCGCGGCGCCCGUGCUGCUGUCGCGCCAGGGAAGCUCCUACAUUCUCGAUAGCGGAGCCGACGCCGCGGUGGAGGCAGAUCCCCUCGACAAGGCCAAGGCGUCCGGUGCGACGCUGUCGGAGCUCGUGGACAAGAGUUUCGUGCCCUCGGCAAAGCAAGCCAGGGUGGGCCCCGGUUCCGUGGGGAUCCGCUCGGUGGGCAACGACCAGCACGAGCCGGCGGGCGACGGCGGGCCGAUGUCCCUCCCAGAGUUCACGAAGCACCUCGAGGCCUACGAUGUGGACAUCGCAGAGUUUGGCCAGGGCGACGCGAAGACGCUGCAGGAGUUCUACAACGAGGUCAUGGUGGAUCAGGAGUCCUAUCUCACCGUCACCGGCAAAAGCCUGGAGAGGGUCGUCGAGAUUGUCCGCAUGCAGCUUCUCAUGCGCGGCGACGACAACCGCUUGCGCGAGCUCAGGAUCUCCGCGCAGGCCAAGGCCGACGGCACCGUCCGCAGGCGGAACCAGAGGCUGGCCAUGGUCAUGAGGCCGUGCGACGACCUGCACUGGAAGGACGCGGCCGUCCAGUGCCUCGAGCGGAAGUUUGGCCUCGGCCGGGCGGACCAGAGGAAGUGCCUGUCCUUCGAGUGGGACACCUACGCGCUGGCGGAGGAGCGCCUCGCCUCCAGGACGGUCCCAGACAUCAUGACCAUCUACAAGGUGCACAGCGUCACCGUGACCGUGCGGGACAAGGGGCGGCCCGAGCUGGCCGCGCUGGGCCUGCCGCUCGGCCUGGACUUCACCACGCAGCGGGGCACCCGCUUCUGGAGCUGGGCCCCGGUGGCUAACAGCAGGGAGGACAUGCUGAUCGACCUGCUGAAGACCAAUGGCAUCAACAUUUCGGAGUUCCCUGCUGGUGCGUUCGCUGAUCUCUAUGACGAGGUGUACGAGAAGUGCCAGUCCACGUUGCAGGUCGUGGACCGCGAGCUUGUGCGCAAGGUGAGGGUCGUCAAACUUUGGUUGCACGCCGACAUUCUCGCAGUCGACCACGUCCUGCUCCUCGGCUCCAAGGUCCAGAGGGGCAAGAGCGACACGCAAGACAAGGGGCGACCCCUCACGAUGAAGAUGCCGUUGGACGGCGACUGGAAGCAGGCGGUGGAGACUGUCCUGCUCACGCGAUUGGGCAUGACGAAAGACACCCAGCUGAGCUGCAUUGCCGUUGACGAGGGCUCCUACAAGGAGGACGAGAUGUGGUCCUACUCGUCCGCCUUCCCGGGCCUCAAGACCUGCUACCGCAUCGACGAGGUCACCGCCCGCGUCGUCCUGCCCGGCGGCGGCGAGGUGGACGCGUCCACCCUGCAUCGCAUCGGGCUGCCGGACGGGCAGAACUUCGCGUUCUCCAGGUGGGAGCCCGCGAAGGGCCCCGGCAAGGACGACCUCGUCAUCACCCACUGGCAGUGGCAGAGCGCCAAGGACCUGGUGAACACGGACUCGGUGAAUAACAACAAGACGGCGCCCUUGGCCAAGACUUAUGUCGAGGCGCGGCUGCAGAGGAGGCGCCACCUGGUCCCUGACGUCGAGGCCGCCCUGCCCGCCCCGAAGGCCACCUUCGGCUGCGUGGCGUCCCCGCGGUCGCGCAGCGGCAUGCUGCUCGAGAGCCUCAUGAAGGGCAGGAAGAUGGACAUGAAGAGGGCCAGGCGGGCGGCGUCUCGCAUCUGCGACCCGAGGUACAGCUGCAAGGACUUCUACGAGGACAUCACCGCGGCCUUCCCGGAGCUGGGGCUCUACCUGUGCGGCGACAUGACCAGCGGACGCGCUGGCGAGGACGAGUACCAGCGCACGCUAGGCGCCAUGUUCUGCUUCUUCUGGAUGAUGCGGCUUCACCUUGACGGUGCCCACUCGUUCUGCUUCGGGUUGGACGAGAAUUGGAAGCCGCGCCAGAAGCCCUACGACAACAGCUCCGAGGCCCUGGCCGAGUGGGAGCGCCGGAGCGCGUUCCACAGGGACGCCGAGUGGGCGUCGCUGGAGCUGCUGCUGGUCAACGCCGGGCUCCUGGAGGAGGCCACGCCGCCCGAGCUGCAGCCGGCGCGCAAGCGGAGUUUCCUCGAGCUUGCGUCCAAGAGAGCGUACGUGCUGCGGAAGCACGACACGGAGCGGACGCUGGCCAUGCUGGUCCUCACCGCCAUCCACGACAUCAUGAAAACCGUACAGCUUCUGCCCACCGUCUGCAAGAAGCAUGGCACCUUCCGCGGUUACAAGGUCGGCGAGGUGAUCAACGACCACGACGCUGCGCUCGCGUACAUUCUCGAGCACCACCCGGGCCUGCUCCCGUCGUACGCGGCCCUGCCCCGGGAGCAGCAGGAGAGCAUCAAGUUCACGCAGAGCAAGAUGGAGUACAACAUGGGCUGGCUGGUGCAGGCGGAGGCCCCCCCAGGAGCCCUCUUCCGGAAGUUCAAGCGCGUGAUCGAGUCUGGCCAGGCGUCUCCGAAGGACCUUGCCUUCUACUUCACGCACUGGUUCACCGACUUGGCUGGCGCUGAGCCAUUUCCGACGGAGGGCUGCGAGAAGUUCGUGCUCAAGUUCCCCAAGCACGUCUUGAAUCAGUUCCUUCUGUCUUUCUCCAUCGUGCAGAACAUCAGCGUCCCCGGCCCGACUGAAGGUUGGCGGGCAGCGCUGCAUCCCGGGCCCAUGGCGGACGCGUGUCCGAACGGCAUGCACAUCAAGAACACCUUCCUGGACUGCCAGUCACCGUGGAUCGACUACGCCUCCGUCGGGGGUCGCCCCCACUCGGACCCCACCUUCGACAGGCAUUCCUUCAGCUCGGCCUCGCCGUCGGAGAGCAGCGCUGGGCACAGACAGGGCGCGAGCCAAGCCGGGGGCAGGAGGUGCGACUCCGGAGGUGGUGAAGCCGUUGCCCUCGGAAAGGCCCGGGCGUUGGCGCCCACGCCGCUCGUCCUCGAGUUCUCGGCCCCAGCGCCGAGCUUCGCUCUGCUGAGCGCUGGCACCUCGGAGCCGGCCGCGCCGGCCGCGAGUGACCGAUGCUCCUGUUUCAACGGCGAGGCGCGCGGGGCGCCGGGCGCGAGCGCCUCGUUUCUCAAGGCCUCGGCAGGCCGCGCCGCGGGGGGGGUGGCGGCCUCGGCGGGAGCGCGCCCGUGCCGCGCGGUGCCGGAGCUGCAGGGGCCUCUUGCGCAGCGCCCCUCCUCCGAGCCGGCGACGGCGGCGGCGGCGGCGGCGGCGAGGUGUCAUGAGGUGUCCACCGGCGCGCGCAUAGUGGCCCUUGCGCCAGUCAUGUGGGCGAAGUGUCCACCGGCGCCCCCAGACUGGCUCUUCCAGGCACUCUGGUGCGCCAGUGUGGGCGAGGUGUCCACCGGCUGGGCGUGGCUGGCGGCCGCCGCCCCCGAGGAGGAUUUGUGCGGAGGUGCUGUGGUCGCGCGGGAGGCGGCACCUGCCGCUGCCGCCGCCCGGGUCGGGGCGGGCGCGCCGGCGGCGGCCCCCGCCGAGACGGGCGACGCGGAGCCUGACGACGACGGCGUGGAAGAGCUCGUCGCGGCCGUCCGCGCUGACAUCGAGCUCAUCGAGAUCGCGGGCUACACGCUGCAGCAGGCCCUGGACAGGUUCCUGACCACGCUGACUGAGGCGCCCCUGGCGCCCCCCGAGGCUGCGGAGGAUGCACGGGCCAUGGCCCGCGACCUGGUCACGCGGCUGUCCAGCGCGGCGGCGGGCGUCAAACCGGCCAUCCUGGGCUCGUCGGUGAGCCUCGACGUCCAGUUCAAGCUCGUCGUCCCGGAUGCGAGAACGGUGGCGGAGAGGCUGUGGGACUUCCGCGGGCCCGCCGGGCCGCCCAUCCCGGCGCAGAUCCUCGAGGAGGAGAAGGACACGGGGGCUUCCGUGCAGUGCUCGCCGACCACGAACCAGGUCGUCGUGAAGGCCGUCAAGCUCAACAUCGCCGAGUACGCCGCGCGCUGGGUGGCAGCGUUCGGGCCCGUGAACCAGGCGAGCCCGUCGCCGGGCUCGUUCAUCCCAACGGCGGCGGCGCCGCCGCCGCCAGGCCAGCCGUCCGUGGCGGCCUGGCUGCAGCGGGGGGCAGGGGCGGCGAGGCGCCUGGGGGCGGACGCCGCAGCGCCGCCGCCCGCCCGGCGCGUGGCCGAGUUCCGGCCGAAUUCGGCCACGCGGGGCGCGGACGCUAGCGCCCCGACGGUGCCGCAGAGCCGCCGGAGCCGGAGCAGCAUCCUCGGCGCCCUCGCCGCCCACUUUGUGACGGAGAGCGAGGAGUUCACGGACGACGAGGCCUCGAAGGCGUACCUGACCAGCACCUUCAAGUUGGGCCCGCUGAAGGGCGUGGAGGCGUUCCGAAUCUGGAAGGUGUUCGAGGCCCUGAAGGUGGACGGCGAAGUGCACCAUACGGACCUCACGCGAGCGCUCCAGAUGGCCGGCUUCCAGGCGCCGGACCAGGCGUGCGUCUGCGCGGCCAAGGAGAGCGUGACCCACUGGUCCACCCUCACCAAGGCGCAGUUCAACGAGUUCGCGGUCGCCUUCGAGAGGGAGAACGAGAAGCUGCAGGAUGCAAUGUUCGCCAAGUUCGACAUCGACGGCUCAGGCCAGAUAGACAGGGGCGAGCUGGAGAGCCUCUUGGAGAACUUCGGCAUCGUCCCGAUGCGGCAUAUUCUGGACGAGGUUCUGAACGAGGUCGACGAGGACGGCUCUGGCAACGUUGGCCUGGACGAGUUCAGGAAGGUAUUCGAGAUUCUGCGCAUGCGUGAGGGCUUCUCAAAAGAGGAGUUCAGCGAACUGACCGAACUGUUCGAUAAGUUGGACCUCGAUGGUUCUGGCGAGAUGGACAUUCGAGAGUUGACGGUCCUGCUCGGGUACCUCGAUUACAAUCUAGGCACGAACGAGCGGGACGUCAUAGUGAAAGAAGUCGACACCGACGGGAGCGGAGAAUUGUGUGAGGUCGAGUUCUUGCUCUUCAUGAGGAGGUGCCGCCAGAUUGAGAUGAGGAAGCUGACGGACGCCUUCAAGAAACUUGUCCCUGAAGCGGACGGGGUGGUCUGCUUCCACCACAUGAUCGACACUUUCACGGAGAUGGGCUACGAGGUUGACGUAGACGCCACCUGGGAGGCUGCCCAGAGUGCCGGCGUCACCAGCAAGGAGGCCCGCCUGGAUAGCAGCGACUUCUGGAAGGUGCUCACAGAGUGCCGGGCGCGCGAGUGGUUCACCAGUCAGGAGUUGCAGCAGAUCGGCGACAUAUUCGAGCAGGUCGACGUGGGAGGAAGUGGCGAGGUGGACAUCGUCCAGGUAGACAAGGCCCUCCUGGGGCUUGGGCUGUCGCUUAGGACCGAGCUGUUCCUGUACCUCGUCGGCAAGGUCGACCUGGACAACUCUGGGAUGCUGAACCUGAUGGAGUUCCGAAAGCUGGUCAGGAUGUACCGCAACGGGCAGGCAGAGCUGGUGCGAACGACCUUCGUGGAAUUCGCGGACCAGAACAGCCGCUGGCUCAGCGUCGCCGACUCCUGGAAGGCCUUCAACAGCCUCGGGCUCGUGAAGGACAGCAUCAAGAGCUUCCACGAAGUCCAGGCUCUGGGCCCCCUGGACCUGCGAGCCUUCCUGCGGGCCGCCCGCAGCUUCGAGCGGGGGCAGGAGCUGUACCGGGAGCAGAACAGCGGCUUCGGCGAGCAGGCGGUGCACGACCUCGAGCUGCGCUUCCGGAAGUUCGACGCCGACGGCAGCGGGGCCCUGGAGAGCCGGGAGCUCGUGCCCCUCGUCGAGGAGGUGCUGCCAGGCGUGGCAACCUUGCCCGAGAACAGGGCGAGGGUCAUGAAGAUGAUGGCGGAGGCCCAAGGGGGUGCUUCAACCGAAAGCGAGUACCUUGCGCAAGUCGAGCUGAAAUCGUACAACCGCACCUUCACCCACGCCAAUUCGACUCAGAUCGAGCUGAAUUUCCAGCAGUUUUUGAAGUUGCUUUCGCUCAUACGCGGCUUCAAGCUCGAACGGCUCUACAAAGAGGAGCAAAGAGUCAUCGAGGAGUGCAGCCUGACUGGCACGGAGGUCCAACAGCUGCGCGAGCUUUUCCUGGAGAGCGCCUCUGGCGACGGCUGCAUGACGACGAAGGACCUCUGGCUCCUCUUCCGGAACAUCUGCCCGCUCGGCGACAGGAACAAGGUGGAGCUCCACAGGCACAUCGCGGACGUCGGGCCCGCCGCCUCGGGCGGCGACGAGUCGAUCAACUUCGGCGAGCUGCUGAUGCUCAUGGGUAGGCUCCGCGACGCCAACUUCGCCGGCAUCCGCGACAAGUUCUUCUCGUGA